GUGGUCACGGCCAUCGCCAUUAUGGCCCUCUACUCCGUGGUUUGCGUCGUGGGGCUCUUCGGCAACUUCUUGGUCAUGUAUGUCAUCGUCAGGUACACAAAAAUGAAGACUGCCACCAAUAUCUAUAUUUUCAAUCUUGCAUUGGCAGAUGCCCUAGCAACAAGUACCCUGCCAUUCCAGAGUGUGAAUUACUUGAUGGGAACAUGGCCAUUUGGUACCAUCCUUUGUAAGAUUGUUAUAUCCAUAGACUACUAUAAUAUGUUCACCAGUAUUUUUACACUCUGCACCAUGAGUGUGGAUCGCUAUGUAGCUGUAUGCCACCCAGUUAAGGCCCUUGAUUUCCGUACCCCCAGAAAUGCCAAAAUUGUCAAUGUCUGCAACUGGAUCAUUUCUUCUGCCAUUGGCCUGCCAGUUAUGUUCAUGGCAACCACUAAAUACAGGCAUGGCUCUAUUGACUGCACACUAACAUUCUCCCACCCUGCAUGGUACUGGGAGAACCUCCUGAAAAUCUGUGUGUUCAUCUUUGCCUUCAUCAUGCCAGUCCUCAUCAUUACUGUGUGCUAUGGGCUGAUGAUUUUACGCCUGAAGAGUGUUCGCAUGUUGUCUGGCUCCAAAGAGAAGGACAGGAACCUGCGGAGAAUCACAAGGAUGGUUCUUGUAGUAGUGGCGGUGUUUAUUGUCUGCUGGACUCCUAUCCACAUUUAUGUCAUCAUUAAAGCUCUGGUUAACAUCCCAGAGACUACAUUCCAGACUGUUUCCUGGCACUUCUGUAUUGCCCUAGGGUAUACAAAUAGCUGCCUUAAUCCAGUCCUGUAUGCAUUUCUAGAUGAGAAUUUCAAAAGGUGUUUCAGAGAGUUCUGCAUCCCCACUUCCUCAACCAUUGAGCAGCAAAAUUCCACCCGAGUACGACAAAACACUCGUGACCAUGCAUCCACUGCCAACACUGUGGACAGGACUAACCAUCAGGUAUGA